AUGUCUGUCAUCGAUGUGGUUGUUUCACCUGGAGUCGUACCUCCACCAAGCAAGGAAACAGCACUUGAUGAUAGUCUCUCGAGCACCGAGACUCCAGUGGAAGCUGUGUCUUUGGAAGAAGAUAGCACGCAGACCUAUGUUUCUCGGCCGCGAGCAUAUGCUAUCAUAUGUAUCCUUUGCUUAGUCACGUUCAUAGCUAGCGUGUCGAAUGGUUUACUCACUUCGUCAAUUCCGACAAUUACGCGGGACUUGUCCAUACCAUCGAGCGGCUCAUACUUGCCCCUCUCGGUCUACGGAUUGACAAGUGGCGCGUCACUCCUGGUUUCCGGCUCUAUAGCAGACGCGAUAGGCUCAAGGGUCGUCUUCUUGGUCGGUGCUUUGUUGCAGUCGGCUUUCAUGCUUGGCUGUGGCUUGGCUCGAACGAGUAUACAGUUGGUUAUUUUCCGAGCCCUACAGGGCAUUUCGAUUGCGCUCUGUCUACCUACGACGACCGAUAUCCUGUCUAAUGCUAUUUCACCCGGUCGUCUCCGCAAUAUAGGAUUUGCCUGCACUGGCCUUGGGCAGUCUCUGGGUUAUUCAGCCGGCCUGGUACUCGGUGGUAUCUUUGCGGAUACGAUUGGAUGGCGAGUGGGUUGGUAUAUAGCCUCAGGAGCGUCAUUUUUGCUCUUCCUGUUAGCCAUUUACCGGCUCCCAAGGGGAAAUUUCGGGCGGCCUAGAGCCUUGUCCAACCUAGGCACCAAGAUUGACUGGGUGGGAGUUAUCAUUAUUUCUGCCGCUCUUGCUCUGCUCGCAUAUGUUCUGGGCGAACUGUCGGGGUCAACGAGCGCCAUACGUGCACCUAAGAACAUCGUACUUCUCGCAACCAGCUUAGUCCUGUUUCCUGUCUUCGUCUUUUGGAUGCAUAUUGCUGCCAAACAGAAGCGAGUGGUCCUUAUUCCCAACCAUCUUUGGAAGCAGCUGUCGUUUGCAAGCAUUUGCGUUAUGGUGAUGCUGUCAUACGGGGUUCUGCAAACUAUGGAGCUCUUUUGCACGCUGUUCUUUCAAAAUCUACAGCAGGUAAAUCCCUUGCAGUCGUCCCUUCAAUUGCUGCCUGGCCUUGUCGUUGGGUCCAUUAUCGGACUGUCAACGGGCGCUUUCGUACACCGGCUAUCGCCAAAAUAUAUUAUUUUUGUGUCGUCAUUGCUCUCUUCUGGCGCGUCGGCAAUCAUGGCCAACGCAAGGCCAGAGUGGCCAUACUGGUGGGCAUCCUUUCCUGCACAACUUCUACAACCGGCUUCGGCAGACGUGUUAUUCUGCGUCGGGGUGAUAACAGUAAGCGAAGUGUUUCCCCGCGACAUGCAGUCCCUUGCUGGGGCUGUUUUCAACACUGCUGCUCAGCUUGGAACAUCCCUUGGCCUAGCGCUUACAAGCUUGCUGUCUGAGAGCGUAAUGCACACGGCUGAGUGGCACGGAGAUCAGAUGUCGGCCGCUUUAGAAAAGGGGUAUUCCGCCGCCUUCUGGCUUGCGUUCGGCUUGUUGUUGUUUGUAUGUGCUCUUGCCGUGAUAGGAUUGCGCCGUUUCGGGCGGGUUGGGCUUAAACAAGAGUAA